AGGAGCUCCGGAGUCCGUCCUGUCUACAAGUUUGUCCCUCUGGCCGCUCCGUAGCGCGUCCCCUCCCUCCCGCCUUCCGUCAUGGAGGGAGCCGCUAGUUCCUCGGAAGGUUUGCGCUAUGCCGAGUACACCAGGAUCCCUGCGGGCGCCGGCAACGGCCAAGCCGAGCUGGACCGAGGGCUGGCCAAAACUAUGAUAGCAGUUGGCCUUGGUGUGGCAACUGUUGCAUUUGCAGGUCGUUAUGCUUUCCAUCUUUGGAAACCAUUGGGGCAGGCAGUUACAGAGACAGCAAAGAAGAUUUCAACUUCUAGUCUUUCAUCAUAUUAUAAAGGAGGAUUUGAGCAGAAAAUGAGUAGGCGAGAAGCUGGUCUUAUUUUAGGUGUAAGUCCAUCUGCUGGCAAGGCCCAAAUCAGAACAGCCCAUAGAAGAAUCAUGAUUUUGAAUCAUCCCGAUAAAGGUGGAUCACCUUACUUGGCAACAAAAAUAAAUGAAGCAAAAGACUUGUUGGAAUCCAGUGCCAAAAGCUGAAAUCCAAAGCCUAGGACCAUAGGAGAUUCAGCAGACAUAUUGUGCAACAGCUUUCUUAUCUACUUGCUCUACACAGUUUCUUAACCCUGCGUUGGGUGUUUGUAUUUAUUGUCCUAAUCAAACAUUUAAGGUUAUUUAAAAGCAAGCUGAAGUAUUUUAUGGUUGUGUACAGUUAUACUCCUGCAAAGAGCAGAGAGGAGGUGAUCCUUAUGACUCCCUUCCAGCUUGAGCUAUUCUGUGUCUCAAUUUUAGUGUCUUUUUACUGAAUUGUGAUCUAUUACAAGCUUUGAAAAUGUU